UUACCAUUCUGUCAAAGCUUUUCUAAUGUUAUUCUCCCACCUUCGCCAAUUACUGUCAAAGCAUGGGCUUUUGCUUACUAGUUAAGAAAAGAACUAGAGCUUUUUUAUGGCCAAAGAAAGAAAUCAUCCUCAAUCAAGGGAAGCAAUACCGGUGUAGAGAUAUGAUGACAUUGUCAAAGAUAGUUUGAGGUUUUAGAAAGUUGGGCCAAAGAGAGCCAUGCAGUUGCUGGACGCUGACGAACCGGUAACAUCGUUAAUGAGACCAAUUCCAGUAUUUGGGCCCAAGUUGGUAAUUUGUACGGAACUCUUAUUACGGUGCAGGAGCCGUGGGGCAAAGGAUCGAUACCAGUCUCCAAUGCGAUCUGGGUCUGUACCACAUUCUCCAUAUCCUCAGGAGAACAAGAUUAAGCGGUCUAGUAAGAGGUCUCCAAGUCCAAGGGAAGAUAGGACCCAUUCAGGAGAGGGGUUAUCCAGCAAGCAGGUCUCAGAGUCCAAGGGGCAAUAUUCGCAGUCCUUCAAGGUCUCGUUCACAGUCUUACAGCCCACGCUGAGAGCCUUCUGAGUAAGAAUUACGGGGCUUGCAGUCAAGAUGGUGGUAUGCCAGUGGAGGUUCUUUACAAAGUGCACUGCCAAGUAUCAAAGUGAACGAUAAACAGUGUCCUUUUGGAGAUCCUGUUGCUCUCUUCGAAUUUUAAAUAUCAUGGAUUAGGCUAAGCUUUAGAAAUGCUUUGUACGUUUUUGUUGGAGUUGGGCUUUGUGAACAUCAAGUGCAAGAUGGUUGUUGGUUGUUGGUUGCUGGUCA